GCGCUCUUACUGCGCAGGACGCAGGCGGAAGCGCAGCACUGUGAGGCCCGUUGACUUGACGCAGGAGCCGCGUGUUGAUGCUGCAGAGGACCGCGAGCACAGGAGCCGUCUAACCCCGACCCUACAGCCCCCCUAGAGACGCAAGGGCCAUGGAAAUGACGAGGAGGAUCUCCCUGGAGCUGCGAUGCCGCACCCCGUCAGAGGUCCAGGAGCUGGUUCUAGAUAACUGCCGCACCAGCAAUGGAAAGAUAGAAGGCAUCACCACAGACUUCGCCAACCUGGAGCUGCUGAGCCUGAUCAACGUGGGCCUGACCAGCGUGGCGGGAAUUCCCAAGCUGGACAAACUCAAGAAGUUGGAGCUGAGCGACAACAGGAUAUCAGGCGGUCUGGAGGUUCUAGCAGAGAAGCUGGUGAACCUGACGCACCUCAACCUGAGCGGGAACAAGUUCAAGGACAUCAGCACGCUGGAGCCUCUGAAAAAGCUGCCGCAGCUGAAGAGCCUGGACCUGUUCAACUGUGAGGUGACCAACCUGGCCGACUACCGCGAGUCCAUAUUCAAGCUCCUCCCACAGCUCACCUACCUGGACGGCUACGACAUCGACGACUGCGAGGCGUCCGACUCGGACGGCGAGGGCGACGGAGUGGACGACGAGGACGAGGAAGAGGGCGAGUCGGAGGAGGAGGAAGACGAGGAUGAAGACGAAGACGUAGCGGCGGAAGAUGACGAAGACGACGACAGCUGCGACGAUGACGACGGCGAGGUGAACGGAGACGUGGACAGUGAGGACGAUGACGAGGACGAAGAGGACGAGGAAGAUGACGACGAAGACUCGUCUCCGGUCAAAGGCGAGAAGAGGAAGAGAGACCCCGAGGACGAUGACGACGAAGACGAUGACUGAGACCCCCGACCCCCCCGAAACAAACUGCCGGCACGCGUCACGCCGUGUUAGCUAAACAUCUCAGCUCAGGGAAGGAAAAAAGAAAAAAAACAAAACAAGGCAACACGUUUUCCCGCCAAAAA